CAGAACCACAAUAAAACGCGAACGACCUGGUUCACUGAUGUUAUCAAAUCCAGAAUGACUGGGUUUAUUUUCUUCUCUAGUUCGAAUCACCGCAAGAUCACCAACGACUGCUUAACUGAUCUCGGUGUGCGUGUACCUGCUCUAGUUCGCACGGAGUCGCAGACGACAUGAAUGCCAAAACAAGUUCUGGAGCGCAUCCAUCUGCUCGAGGGCAUUCGAGUUCGUAAAGGUUUGUUGCAACAUCCAUCACCAGGCUCUCGUCACAUGGGCUUCUCAUUGUUACGAUGCAGCUAGAAUUCGGCACGGCCUGGAUUGGCACAGUGAUCUCGGAUCCGCUGAGUUCCAGAAGAAGCGUGAUACGAUUGUCCGUGGCUCAGUUAAUAAACCAGUGCCAAGCCGUCAAGAACGAAACAAAAAAGCUUGAUUGCUAUCCGUGCUGACGACUCAUUCUGACACAAGGAUGCACUAGGCGCCUCUGGACGUGUGAAUGGAAUGUUUCUGUACUUGCUCACCCUCCGGGUCAUUCAUUGGCUCACGGAGGGAAUGCUUCAACAUGGCAUGACACACUUGGCGUGCUGAAACACCAAGCUCUGACGCGCAAGCCCGCACCUGCGGCCAUCGUGCAUGGAUUCCGUACGGUCAAAGUCGUGCAUUUACAAGCAUGAAUCGACAGUUGGAAGCAGCACGUGUGAUAUCUUGGCAUCCGAAACUGACCGUCGUCGUCAGCCUCUGCUUUCCCAAGGUCUCCCGGCCAGUAACCAGACCUGGUUGUAACAACAGACCGAUCUUUGUUUGCGGCCGAAGCUACCGCGAAACCAUGGGCAACGUAAGCCUUGCCCCGAUAGUUUGUGUUUCUUCUCAGCUAUAUCAUCUCGAUCUAUCAUCUGCCUGGAUAUGCUCAUUGCAUUAACAUAUUUCGCAUUCUUCUACUCGGCAGGACCGAACUUCCAUCUCUCGCAAUCGUCCGCUAUAUCGAAUUACUCUCAUUCUCGUCUUCUUUGUUUCUUGUCUGCAGAAUCCAUUCCGGAAGGGGAAAAAAAUAAACAUUAAAAAUAAAAAAUCAUCAUGCUCUUCACUCGGCUCAUUCUUCUCGGCUGUGCCGCGAUUGCUGCCGCGAAAGGGAACAGCACGGCAGAACACCACAUGGAUGGAGCUCGAAAUGGCACCCACAUGGCCAAUACAGAGCGUCGCCAAUGUGCCGAGAUUGCUGAAAUCACGGCCAUAGUAAACCUGGUGAACAAUGCCACGGAACUGGCCAAGUUUGAGACCCGCCACAACCUGAGCCAGAGUGACAUAGCCGAAAUCAAGUCAAAGGCCGCCACCGACGAGGCCAAGCUGAAGGCUCUGCAGAGCAACUCGACACUCAUGCAGGAGUGCGCCGUCAUGGCGGCCGGCAUGAAACUCCGGGCACAGUGUCGUGAGAUCAAGGAGCUGACUAUGCUGUCGGACCUUGCCAACAACCAGACCGCGCUGCAGGAGUUCCAGACAAAGCACAACCUCACCGCCGCCGAGAUGACCAAAUUCACGGAUCGGGCCAAGAACGCGACCGAGAAGCUGGCCACGCUUCAGAAGAACACCACGCUGGUUGCAGCCUGCAAGUCAACGAACCAGUCGCAAAGCAGUAAGUUUUCCUGAGUGCCAAGGUCGAGUCGCCUCGCUCGACAUGAUCAUCAAGUCAAAUGGCAAGCAUUGUUUGACCAGGUUCGUGGUAUUGGGGGACGCAACAUUAUUGCGAGGCGUCCUCCAGCAGCCGGAUCAAGUCAUGCAAAAUUUUUUUUUGUUUGCCUUCUGCGCCUUUCGACCAUCUUUGGCGACCCGCAGACUGACCUUGAUUACAGCCUCCAGCCAAGGUGUUAUUGGAGAAGAAAAGAGCAGCGCGGGUAGCUCGAUGACGGCCACUUCCACGCUCCAGAUAGUCUGCAGCUCAUUAUUCGUGGCCGUGUUGACGGUCCUGGUAGCGAGUUUACAGUAUUGAGCCGAUGGGGGAGUGUUUAACACACUUCGUUGAUUGGGCUGUUGUGGCACCCAACCUUCUUGAAUUUGAUUUUUCAUCUCUGGUUGUCCACAUGAAAAGCAAUAUGUAUGCAUGCAUCGGCCAGCAUGCUGCCAGCGUCAGGGGAGAUAGGGGGUGUGGGACGUUGCGGCAUCACGGGAUGGAACAAUUCGCGUGGGAGACAGACUCCCAAAGUCAUGCCAACGAUCGUUCAGAAUAAAGACAACCGAUCAUAAAUCUGAUCAAAAUUCAAUUUACAAAUGUAUAUUAUCAAGUUAGACAUUCUUAUAAUC